GCUCUAGAUCGAGCAUUUUUCUUGCCUGUAAUUGGAUCAGGGAAGGAAGUGAUGACUCAGUACCAACAGUUGUGCAUGGCCCUGGACGAGUACAUUAGGAAGACCUUCCAUGAAUGGACACUCACCAUCGACAAGGAACCUAUGAAGCAACUAGAGGUACCAUUGAUGUGUAGAAGUACAGAGAGACCACCUAUGCUGGACAUCAACUUCAACAGGGACUUGUUGAAGAUGUUUCAGGAGAUACACUACUGGGAGAGGUUGAUGUUUGAGACGCCCCACUAUGCUGUAGAUGUCUAUAACAAGAGAGAAGAUCUGAGAGGGCUCAGAGAACAUGUUAUGUUGGUUGUCAGAGAUUAUAAUAGAAUCAUAGCAGCUCUAUCUCCUGAAGAGAGAGGUUUGUUUAGAGAGAGAAUCAGAUUCUUAGACAAGAAGAUACAUCCAGGUCUCACCAAGUUGACAUGGGCGUCUAAGGGUAUCUCAGACUUCUUCGUCUCUGAUUGUCGCCUGCAUUCUAGUAAGAUACAGGGCAUUGUCGAUGAUUAUAAGGGUGCUAACAUGGAGAUCUCUACAAAGUGUGUUAAUAUAAGUGAAAUGUUGCUAGUGAAGAUAGACAGUCGUAAAGUAUAUGAGAAUAUGGAGUUUGAUGAAUCUCAGGCCAGUCAUAGAUCUAUUGUACAGAAGAGGUUAAAACAAUAUCAUGAUGAGAUUAUAUCUACUAUGAGGAGAACGUAUGAAGUGUUUAAAAGCGAUGGUGCUGAGGUACAGUCCCACUGGCAUCGUUAUACUGAGAAGAUGGACAAAAUGGUGGAGGAAGCUUUUAGACUGAACGUGAAAUGGUCACUACAAGAACUGUCUAAAGCUAUCAAUGGUGAUGGAAAGUCUGCUCCUAACCCACUCUUCAGGGUUAAAGUGUGCCUUGAAGGAGAUAAGGUUGAAUUUGCUCCAACAUUGAAACAGUUGGCUACAAUAGUAGGAAGUAUAGGAUCUCAUUUGACAAAUUCCAUCUCUGAUAUACCCCGACUUCCUACAAUUCUAACAAAAAAGAAAUCUACAGAGAUUCCUGUACAUCAAGUGAUAGCUAGAGAUGAGGAGACAAAGAAGAUACAGACAGUAAUUAGUGCUGGUAUGCAGAGUAAUGCCCAGAACUUACAAAAUUACCUCAGUACCUGGGACAACUACAGAGAAAUCUGGGAGAUCCACAAAGAUGCCUUCAUCCGUAGAUACCAGAGGUUGAAUCCCCAGGUCUCAUCUUUUGAUGCUGACAUUGCAAGAUACACUGAGGUGGCCAACAAUGUACAGACACAGGAGACUAUCUUGAACAUCCAGUUUGUCUUGCUAGAUUGCUCUCCCCUGAAAUACUCAAUUCUCUCCCAUUGUACAGAAUGGCAGAACAAGUUUACCACACUUCUAAGUGAGAUUGCCACUGGCAGGUUGAAGGAGCUGAAUGAAUUCUUGAAGGUUAAUGCUGAAAAUGUAAGCAAGCCACCACAAACCCUUGAUGAGCUAGGAACCAGUCUUGAACUAUGGGACUCACUCAAUAGUGGUCUACCAGCAACUGAAGCCAAAUUCCCACCUCUACAUGAUCAAUUUGCCAUCCUGGAGAAAUACGAGGUUACAAUACCUGAAGAUGUUAAACAGAUGUUGAAUGAUCUAAGCACAGAAUGGGUCACCUUCCAAGAGAAACUCAUUGAAGCAGAGGGAAUGUUGAAAAAGCACAAGGAAAAGUUCAAGAGCAAUUUACUAGGCCAGUCGGAAGAGUUCAAGAAACAGGUUCACAAUCUGUUGGACGAAUUUACAACCAAAGGUCCGUUUGUCAGUUCCAUACAGACUGGCGAGGCCCUUGAGAAUAUCUCUGCCAUUCGUGCACAGAUGGAGGCAUUAAAGAAACAGGAGGCAGACAUUAGACGCGGUCUGAACAUCUUCAAGAUCGACCAACCCCCAUCUAAAGAAAUUGCUGCACUUGAUAAGGAUCUGGAGUUGAUUGAGACAAUCUGGAACUUGAACAAAGAAUGGGAAGGUUUGUGGGGUAGCUGGAAAGAUGGGAAGUUUGUUGAGCUGGCUACAGACACCAUGGAGACGCAGUGUAUGACAAUAUUUAAGAAACUUGUUAAAUACAGCAGGGAACUUAAGGAUAAGAAUUGGGAGGUAGUUGACACCAGUAAGAAUCGUGUUGACCAGUUCAAGAGAACCAUGCCAUUGAUUCAAGACAUGAAAAACAAAGCCAUGAGACCUAGACAUUGGGAUAAAAUCCAGACAAAGAUGCAGAGACAGUUUAAUCAUGAAGCUGAUGAUUUCACCCUGGAGAAGAUUAUAGAGUAUGGCUUUGAUCAGUAUGCUGAAUCCAUUAAUGAAGUCUCGGGUGCUGCUACCAAAGAGUUGGCCAUUGAACAGGCUUUGGAUGCUAUCAGUCAGACAUGGAAUGUUACAGAGAUGGAUAUUGGUCCUUACAAGGGUUGCUUUAAAGUCAGGAGUACAGAUGAAGUGUUCCUGGCACUGGAGGACAACCAGGUACAGUUGUCUACAAUGAAAGCAUCAAGAUUUGUGAAGGCGUUUGAGCAGGAGGUUGACAAGUGGGAGCGUACAUUGUCACAUAUCCUAGAGGUGGUGGAGAUGUUGCUCACUGUACAGAGACAGUGGAUGUACCUCGAGAAUAUUUUCCUUGGUGAGGAUAUUCGUAAACAGUUGCCUCGUGAAUCUGCUGAAUUUGAUGAUGUCAAUGCUAAAUGGAAGGUGAUCAUGACACGUUUAAACAAGGACAGAAAUGCUUUACGAGGAACACAUCAUGAAGGAAUGUUGGAACAACUUAACAACAUGAACUUGAAGCUAGAGGAGAUUCAGAAAUCACUGGACAUGUAUCUGGAAACUAAGAGACAGAUUUUCCCACGAUUCUACUUCCUGUCCAACGAUGACUUGCUCGAGAUCCUUGGCCAGUCAAAGAACCCAGAGGCAGUACAGCCUCAUUUGAAGAAAUGCUUUGACAAUAUCAAAUCAUUGAAGAUGGCAAAGCAAGGUAUGAAUAUGAAAUGGGAGGCGGCUGGAAUGUCAUCAACAGAGGGUGAAUAUGUGGAGUUUAUCAAGGUUGUGUUGUUGGAUGGACCCGUGGAAGCCUGGCUGUGUGAUGUGGAGAAGAACAUGAGAUUCACGCUAAAGAAACGCCUGCCAGAGUGUAGGAACGCUCUUAAGAAAAGUUUGACCAAGAGAGAUAAAUGGGUGAAGGAAUGGCCCGGACAGUUAUGUAUCACAGCUAGUCAGAUACAGUGGACCCAGGAUGUAACUAGAGCCCUUGCUACCACCAAGGAAAGGGGAGAUAAGAGAGCACUGAAAACUAUGAAGAAAAAACAGAUAUCAAUGUUGAAUAAGUUCUCUGAAGCUAUUCGAGGAAACUUGACCAAGAUUCAGAGAUUGAAGAUUGUUGCCCUGGUAACAAUUGAGGUUCACGCCAGAGAUAUCAUUGAUAAGUUGAUCAAGAGUGGGUGUUCAGACCAGUAUGCUUUUGAAUGGCUCAGUCAACUUAGGUUUUACUGGGAGAAGGACAUAGAUGACUGUGUAGUAAAGCAGACAAACACACAGUUCCAGUAUGGGUACGAGUACCUGGGUAACUCUGGACGUCUGGUCAUUACACCACUGACAGACAGAUGUUACAUGACCCUCACCACAGCAUUACAUCUUCAUAGAGGUGGAAGUCCUAAAGGACCCGCAGGAACUGGAAAGACAGAGACAGUUAAGGAUCUGGGUAAAGGUCUUGGAAUGUAUGUUAUUGUUGUGAACUGCUCUGAAGGUCUGGAUUAUAAAUCCAUGGGCAGAAUGUUUUCUGGUCUUGCUCAGACAGGAGCAUGGGGAUGUUUUGAUGAAUUCAACAGAAUCAACAUUGAAGUAUUGUCUGUGGUAGCCCAGCAGAUUCUGUCAAUCCUCAGCGCCCUGGCUGCUGGUUCCGAGAGAUUUGUGUUUGAAGGAAGAGAAAUCAUGCUUGUCUGGUCAUGUGGUAUUUUCAUCACCAUGAAUCCUGGUUAUGCUGGAAGAACUGAGUUGCCAGACAACUUGAAGUCUAUGUUCAGACCUAUUGCUAUGGUAGUACCUGACUCUAACCUGAUUGCUGAGAUCAUCCUGUUUGGUGAAGGCUUUGGUAAUACAAAGAUUUUGGCAAAGAAAGUGUUUACGUUGUACACACUGGCCACACAACAACUGUCUAAACAAGAUCAUUAUGAUUUUGGUCUCCGUGCCCUCGUGUCUGUGUUGAGAUAUGCUGGUAGGAAGAAGAGAUCCAACCCAAACAUGCCUGAUGAAGAGAUAUUGUUGCUGUCAAUGAAGGACAUGAACAUUGCCAAGUUGACAUCAGUAGAUCUGCCAUUGUUUAAUGGUAUCAUGUCAGACUUGUUCCCUGGUAUUGAGACACCAACAAUUGAUUACUCCAAGAUGAGGAAUGCUGUUAUUGCCGAGAUGAACAACCUCAGUUUGAUGGUGAAUGAGCACUCUAUAAUCAAGGUGAUACAACUUUACGAGACCAAAACUUCACGUCACUCUGUCAUGAUUGUUGAUGAAAAACCUGAUGAGAAAUGGUUGAUAUUUGACGGUCCUGUAGAUACAUUAUGGAUUGAGAGUAUGAACUCUGUCAUGGAUGAUAACAAGAUUCUAACACUGAUUAAUGGAGAACGUAUAUCCAUGCCUGACCAAGUCUCCCUUCUCUUUGAGGUUGGAGAUUUAUCAGUAGCUUCACCAGCUACCGUGUCUAGAUGUGGUAUGGUGUACAGUGACUACAUAGACUGGGGCUGGAAACCGUACAUAGAAAGUUGGCUCAGUAAAAAGAGCUCCAAGGCACUAGUGGAAGAGUUACGUAGAAUGUUGGACAAAUACCUCGACAAGAUUCUUACAUUCAAGAACAAAAACUGCUCAGAACUUGUCCCUGCAGCUGAACUAAACAUGGUUGCCUCCCUUGCUAGACUGUUUGAUUCUCUUGGAACAGUUGAAAAUGGGGUUGAUGAGACUGACAGCGAGAAUUUCACACGUAUGGUGGAGCUGUGGUUCCAGUUCUGUAUGAUUUGGUCUAUCUGUUGUACGGUGGAUGAGGAAGGACGUAAGAAGAUUGAUACAUACAUAAGAGAGAUGGAGGGAACAUUCCCGAACAAAGAUUCUAUUUAUGAGUACUACGUGGAUCCCAAAGGCAAGACAUGGGUCCACUUUGAGGAGAAAUUGAAACAUGGAUGGAAAUACAAUCCCAGUCUGCCAUUCUUCAAGCUGAUGGUACCAACGGUAGACACUGUGAGAUACCAGUAUCUCACACAGACCUUGAUCAAGAAUCUCUGUCCAGUCAUGUUAGUUGGUCCAGUCGGAACAGGAAAAACAUCCGUCGCAGAAAACACCCUGGCUAAACUUGAUCCUAAAACCUACAGUGUCCUUACUGUCAACAUGUCUGCUCAGACUACAUCCAACAAUGUACAAGACAUUAUAGAGAGCAGAGUGGAGAAGAGAACAAAGGGUGUGUAUGUACCCAUUGGUGGUAAAAAACUGCUCACAAUGUUAGAUGAUUUCAACAUGCCUGCCAAGGACACAUUUGGCUCGCAGCCACCACUUGAGCUUAUAAAGCUAUGGUUAGAUUAUGGUUUCUGGUAUGAUAGAAUGAAGCAGACACAAAAAUACAUUAAGGACAUGUUCUUGGUGGCAGCUAUGGGUCCACCAGGGGGUGGUCGUCAGAAGAUAUCUCCUCGUCUACAGAGCAAGUUUAACCUCAUCAAAGACUUUCCCAAGGAGUCUCAGAUCAAGAGAAUUUUUGGAAGUAUGAUUAACCAGAAGUUACAGAACUUUGAAGAGGAAGUUAAACCUAUCGGAGACAUCAUGACCCAGGCUACUAUAGAAUUAUACCUGUCUGUUGUUGCUAAAUUCCUACCAACACCUACCAAGAUACACUAUCUCUUCAACUUGAGAGAUAUUUCAAGGUUGUUCCAAGGUUUACUAAGAGCAGACAAGGACUUCCAUGAUACCAAACAUGCUAUGACUAGAUUAUGGAUUCACGAGGCUUUCAGGGUGUUCUCAGACCGUCUUGUAGAUGAGUCAGACAAGGAAACUUUUGUGUCAUUGAUAACAGAAAAACUAGGAGUCUUGUUUGACCAGACCUACCACAAUAUCUGUCCCAACAGACAACCACCUAUAUUUGGUGACUAUUAUGGAACAAAUGGUAUAUAUGAGGACAUUACAGACAUUGGUAACUUGAAGAAACUAAUGCAGGAGAAGUUAGAGGACUAUAAUGAGACACCAGGAGUUAUACACAUGGAUCUUGUACUCUUUAGAGAUGCGAUAGAACACAUUUCAAAGAUUGUUCGUGUAAUCAGACAGCCUCGUGGAAACAUGUUGCUGAUUGGUAUCGGAGGGUCAGGACGUCAGAGUUUAACAAGACUUGCCGCAAAUAUCUGUGAUUAUACAACAUUCCAGAUUGAAGUCACAAAACACUACAGGAAAAAUGAAUUCAGAGAUGAUUUGAAGAAGCUGUAUUACCAAGCUGGUGUAGAGAACAAGCCGACAGUUUUCCUAUUUAAUGAUGUACAAGUGGUAGAAGAAGGUUUCCUGGAAGAUCUUAACAAUGUACUGAGUAGCGGAGAAGUGCCGAACCUUUAUAAAGCUGAUGAAUUUGAGGAGGUGCGAAAUGCUUUGAGUGAUACGGCAAAGAAAGAGGGAAUUGACGAGUCACCUCAGAGCAUAUUUGCAUUCCUGAUCGAGCGAGUCCGUGCCAAUCUCCACGUGGUAUUGUGUAUGAGCCCAGUUGGUGAACCAUUCAGGAAUCGCAUCCGUCAGUACCCAGCAUUUGUAAACUGUACAACCAUUGACUGGUUUAGUGAAUGGCCACUUGAUGCUCUGCUGGAAGUGGCAGAAAAAUAUCUACAGGAAGAUUCUCUUGGCAGUGAAGAGGAGGAUAGCCAUAAGGGCAAUUUGGCCAAAAUUUUCUCAGUCAUGCAUAAAUCAGUGUUUGACAUGUCAGUGAAAAUGUACGCAGAAAUGAAGAGGCAUAAUUAUGUCACACCCACAAACUAUCUCGAACUUGUCUCUGGCUAUAAAAAACUUUUGUUCUCAAAGAAAAAAGAACUAGGAGAUGCGGCUAACAAACUUCGUAAUGGUCUUAGUAAGAUUGAUGAUACUAGAGAAAAGGUAGAAAAGAUGUCUGUGGAAUUGGAAGAGGCGAAGACGAAAGUGGCCCAGUUUCAGAAACAGUGUGAGGAAUAUCUAGUCAUUAUUGUAGGUCAGAAACGUGAGGCUGAUGAACAACAGAAGUCUGUAGCACAGAAGAGUGAAAGAAUAGCCGAUGAAGAAGUAAAAUGUCAGCAUAUGGCAGACCUUGCUCAGAGUGAUCUUAACGAGGCGUUACCUGCUCUUGAAGAAGCUUUAGCGGCCUUGGAAUCUCUUAACAAGAAAGACAUGACAGAAAUCAAGUCAUAUGGUCGGCCCCCAGCUUUAGUUGAGAAGGUAAUGGAAGCUGUAAUGAUCUUACGUUGCCAGGAACCAACCUGGAUGGAAGCUAAGCGACAACUUGGUGACCAGAAUUUCUUGAAGCAGCUGUUUGAAUUUGACAAAGACAAUAUCUCUGAUCGAGUACUGAAGAAGAUUGGUCAGUAUGUAGCUCAGACAGAUUUCCAGCCAGAGAUUAUUGGGCGUGUUUCUCUGGCUGCCAAGUCAUUGUGCAUGUGGGUACGAGCUAUGGAAGUGUAUGGACGUAUUUACAGAGUUGUAGAACCAAAGAAACAGAGGCUGAAUGCCGCAAUGAGUCAACUGAAGGAAAAGCAAGACGCUUUAAGUGAUGCUAAAGCUAAACUUGCAGAGGUUGAGGCUAAGAUGGCCGAGUUACAGAAGCAGUAUCAAGACAAGUUGAACCAGAAGGAAGAACUGAAGAGAAAAGCUGAGCAUACAGAGCUUAUGUUGGACAGAGCUGCCAAACUUGUCUCAGGAUUGGCUGGUGAGAGGAUUAGAUGGGAGGAGACAGUUAAGGACUUGGAGGAGAGGAUGGGAUUCCUGAUCGGAGAUUGUCUCAUAGCUGCAGCUUUCAUGUCAUAUAUCGGACCUUUCCUGUCCAAUUACAGAGAUGAGCUUGUACAUAAAGUCUGGCUUGCUGAGGUCAAGAAACUUGGUGUCCCAUGUGACCCAAUGUUUGACUUCUCCAAGUUUAUGGCCAAGCCAACAAAUGUACGUGAUUGGAAUAUACAAGGGUUGCCUAGCGACAGUUUCUCAACAGAAAAUGGUGUCAUAGUAACAAGUGCUAGCAGAUGGCCGUUGAUGGUGGAUCCCCAAGGUCAGGCUAUCAAGUGGAUCAAGAAUAUGGAGGCUUCAAAGGGUUUGAAGGUGAUAGAUUUACAGCAAUCUGAUUACAUGAGAACAUUAGAAGGUGCUAUACAGUUUGGUUUACCAGUUUUACUUCAGAAUGUACAGGAAAGACUUGACCCCUCUCUUGAUCCUGUCCUUAACAAGUCACUUAUGAAAAUUGGUGGAGCAUACAUGAUCAGGAUUGGUGAUAAAGAGAUAGAAUACAACCCUGAGUUUAGAUUCUACAUCACAACAAAACUGAGCAAUCCUCAUUACACACCAGAGAUCUCAACAAAAACUACCAUUGUCAACUUUGCUGUCAAAGAACAAGGUUUGGAGGCCCAGUUACUGGGUAUUGUUGUAAGAAAGGAGAGGCCAGACCUUGAAGAGAAGAAAGAUAGUUUGGUGAGAAGUAUUGCUGAGGGUAAAAAGAAACUGGUGGAACUAGAAGAUGAAAUCUUGAGAUUAUUGAAUGAGACAAAGGGAUCUUUGUUGGAUGAUGAACAGUUGGUGAACACACUACAGACAUCUAAGGUGACAUCACAGGAAGUGUCAGAACAACUGCAGGUGUCUGAACAGACAGAAGUCAAAAUUGAUGCAGCCAGAGAGGGUUACAGACCGGCUGCUGAAAGGGCAUCUAUUUUGUUCUUUGUUCUCAAUGACAUGGGUAGAAUAGACCCUAUGUACCAGUUCUCCCUGGACUCCUACAUUGAUCUUUUCACCAUGUCAAUCGACAAGUCACAGAGAAGUGCCAAACUUGAGGAGAGAAUCCAACACAUGAACGAGUAUCACACCUAUGCUGUAUACAGGUUUACUUGCCGAGGUCUUUUUGAGAGACACAAGCUUUUGUUCUCCUUCCAAAUGUGUGCCAAGAUUCUAGAGCAUGCUGGUAAACUUAACAUGGAUGAAUACAACUUCUUCCUUAGAGGGGGUGUGGUGUUAGACAGGGAGAACCAGAUGGACAACCCUUGUUCUGGUUGGUUAUCUGAUGUGGCCUGGGACAAUAUUACUGAGCUCGAGAAAUUGACAAACUUCCACGGAAUUAUCACAGCAUUUGAACAAUACCCAAGAGACUGGAAUAUCUGGUAUACAGCCAAUGAACCGGAAAAUACCGGCUUACCUGGUGAAUGGGACAAUGCCUGUAACGAGCUACAGAAAAUGUUGAUAAUUCGUUCAUUACGUCCAGACAGAGUGUCAUUCUGUGCAACUUCUUUUAUUACCAACAAUCUGGGAUCCAAGUUUGUGGAACCCCCAGUGCUUGACAUGCAGCACGUGGUACAAGAUUCCUCAACAAAAACUCCACUCAUCUUUGUACUCUCACCUGGUGUCGAUCCAACCAGUGCCCUUCUCCAACUGGCAGAACAGAGUGGUAUGGCCCAGAGGUUCCAUGCCCUGUCUCUAGGUCAAGGUCAGGCUCCAAUAGCAACCAGAAUGAUCAAAGAGGGUGUCAGAGAGGGUAACUGGGUGUUCUUGGCCAACUGUCAUUUAUCAUUGAGUUGGAUGCCUCAGUUAGACAAGCUUGUAGAACAGUUACAGGUAGAGGAGCCUCAUCCCGAGUUCAGACUGUGGCUUAGUUCCAGUCCUCACCCAGAAUUCCCUAUAGCCAUUCUACAGACUGGUAUUAAAAUGACUACAGAACCUCCAAAGGGUUUGAAAGCCAACUUGAAACGUUUAUAUAACCUGGUAACAGAACAACAAUUUAGUCGGUGCCAUAAACAAGACAAAUACAAGAAACUGUUAUUCUGUCUAUGUUAUUUCCACUCUGUACUCCUAGAAAGAAAGAAAUUCUUAAUGCUUGGCUGGAACAUCGCUUAUGAGUUUAAUGACUCCGAUUUUGAGGUAUCUGAGAAUUUAUUGAGUAUUUACCUAGAUGAUUAUGAUGAAACUCCAUGGGAGGCCUUAAAAUACUUGGUGGCCGGAAUAAACUACGGAGGUCAUGUGACAGAUGAUUGGGACAGAAGACUUCUAAUGACAUAUAUCUCUGAUUACUUUAAUGACAAUUCCAUCAACACGCCAUUCUUCAAAGUCUCCAUUCUACCUACAUAUUAUGUACCAAAAGAUGGACCAUUAUCUUCAUAUAAAGAAUAUGUUAGCAUGUUACCCAACAUUGACCACCCAGAGGCGUUCGGUCAACAUCCAAAUGCUGACAUCCAGUCACAGAUUCAGGAGACGAGACUGAUGUUUGAUACCCUACUCUCACUUCAACCACAGAUCAGCUCAACUGGUGGAGAGUCCAGGGAAGACAAGGUGUUGGAGUUAUCAGCAAACAUUUAUAAACAGAUUCCUGAGAAUAUAGACUAUGACAAUACAGUGAAGAUAUUGUCUGUAGAUCCAUCACCAAUAAAUGUAGUACUUCUACAGGAGAUUCAGCGUUACAAUCUAUUAUUGAACGAGAUCCGUAAAUCUCUGACAGAUCUCGAGAUGGGUAUCCAGGGAAUGGUUGUCAUGACAGUGGAGUUAGAGAGUAUAUUCCUCUGUAUCUUUGAUGGUAGAGUUCCACCUUCAUGGCUUAAGGCCUACCCAUCAAUGAAACCUCUGGCAGCUUGGACUCGUGACUUAGUACUCCGUGUAGAUCAACUUGAGAAAUGGGCUACAACUGCUCAUCCACCAACCAUUUUCUGGAUGUCUGGUUUCACAUUCCCAACUGGGUUCCUGACUGCUGUCCUGCAGACAUCAGCAAGAUUGAACAGCGUGUCAGUCGACAGUUUGUCGUGGGAGUUUAAUGUAAUGACAGUUGAUGAUUCGAAUAUAACUGGACCCCCUAAGGAUGGUGUAUAUAUCAAGGGAUUGUACCUACAAGGUGCAGGUUGGGACAAGAAGAAUCAGUGUCUAAUUGAGGCUAUACCCAUGCAACUUGUAUGUCAGAUACCUACGAUCCAUUUCAAACCUGUAGAAAACAAGAAGAAAGUCACAAAAGGUAUAUACACAUGUCCAUGUUACUAUUUCCCGAACCGUACCGGAAGUAUGGGCAGACCUUCGUUUAUUGUUGCUGUUGAGUUAAAGAGUGGCGAGAAAUCUGCAGACCACUGGGCAAAGAGAGGAACUGCCAUUCUUAUGAGCUUAGACUAUUAAUCAUGUGUGAAAAAUGUGAAAUGUUUUCAAACAAUAUGUGAAAAAUGUGAAUCUGAAAUGUGAAAAAAAAUAAGGGAAAACAAAAUGUGGAAAAAAAUUGAAACAAUAUAUGAAAAAAGUGAAUCUAACUGUCAAAACUGUCAAACAAAUGUGAAAAAAUGACCUAAGAUGCAAAAUGAUAAAAGAUAAAAAAAAAUGUUAUAUUAAAUGUGUGAUAUAGUAGAAUGCUAAACAAAAUAAGAAUACUUGCAUAAGGUUUAACAGUGAAUCAAAACUGCUUGUCAGAAAAUGUGAAAAGUGAAUAAGACACAUGGUCCAAUGUGAAUCUGAAAUUAUUUUGAUAUGACAUUAGUGUAUUAAUAUGAUCUGACAUUUGGUGUUGAUAUUUUUUUGUUCAUUUAAAUCCUUCAUUUGUUUUUCUGUUCUUAGCACACAAUCGAAUAAAUAAGAAGUAUUUAUUUGUAUAAGUAUUCAGUAUUAUUUGAGAAUUUGCAUUCCAUUCUUAAAAUAUCUUCCGCCCAUUUUUUUAUAUGGUACUUAUUUACAUGUUAUAAAAUGUUUUAUACUUUUACUGAAUAAGUGUAAAGUAUUGAGAUCUCUAUAUGAAAAGUGCAUUUUUUAUUGCAUGUUAUUUAUUUGUUUACAUUGUUAAAGCUUUAAAAAAAAUUUAUUGCAUUUCCGUCCAGCAAUAAUUAUAUAAAAUUUAUUCCAUUAUAUCUGUGAUGAUGAACAUUCCAAACAUUUUCCUUUAUGAUGUAUUAAAAUGUUACUUUUCUAAUACAAAAUAUAUGUAUACAUGUACAUGACAAUAGAGACAGCGUCCCAUUAUAACAAUUACGGUAUCUUAGAUAUUAAGUAUAUAUAUUAUAAGGACAUAUAUUCUUAAUUGAAAAUUUCAAUUAUGUGAAAGGUUUUCUUUUACAUGUAUGUAAUUAAAAUCACCUGUGAAACAUAAACAAUAAUCAAAGGAGAUAGAAUAUAAAAUUACAUGUUUUAUUAUAGGAGGAUAAUUGUUAAAUUGUUGAUGAAAAAUUAAAAAAUAAAUUAAUUAAAUACCA